AGGCAGACAGCGGCUCCUCCGCCUCACCGACUGCGACACCUGAACAACCACCAAACCUGCGCAGCGCGUGAAGCAGCCCGGAGGCGAGGCUUUUUCUGUCAAAUAAAGAAGAAGAGGAGGAGGAGGAGGAGGAAGAAGAAGACGCGCGAGGAGCGGCGGGAGCAGCGGGCUGACCGACCGGGACACGCAGCCCCGUCUGGCGGGGGGACGAACCGCCGCCGCCGCCGAGCCUCACGCCGCGUCGCCGCUCCGGGAUGACAGAGUGAAGCAGACAGACAUGUCGCAGAAGAAGAUAUUCCUGGUCUUCAUCGCCAUCAGCACUGUCAGUCUCCUGCUGCACCAUGGGGGUCACCUGAGCUGGACCAUGGAGGCCUUCCACCUGGGUUGCCCCGCCCUGCGCUCCCACCCGGCCGCCGGCCUGAAGCCGAAGCACACCAACGUGGUCUUCCUCAAAACCCACAAGACGGCCAGCACCACCAUGCAGAACCUGCUGUUCCGCUUCGCCGAGCACAACAACCUGACGGUGGCGCUGCCGGUGCAGGCCUGCAGCCACCAGUUCUGCUACCCGCGCUCCUUCACCUCGCACUUCGUGCACGCGCACACGCUGCCGCCCAACAUCGUCACCAGCCACAUGCGCUUCAACCGGGGCGAGCUGCAGCGCCUGAUGCCCAACGACACCAUCUACAUCACCAUCCUGCGGGAGCCGGGCUCCAUGUUCGAGUCCCUGUUCAGCUACUACAACCAGUACUGCCAGAGCUUCAAGCGGGUCCCCAACGGGUCCCUGGAGGUCUUCCUGGACGAGCCGUGGCGCUACUACCGGCCGGACGAGAAGGACUCCAUGUACGCGCGCAACACCUUGACCUUCGACCUGGGCGGGGACAAAGACCGCCCGGCGACCGACGUGGCGUACGCCCGAGCCUUCGUGGCGGAGGUGGAGCGGGUCUUCUCCCUCGUGAUGAUCGCGGAGUACUUCGACGAGUCGCUGGUUCUGCUCCGCCACCUCCUGUCCUGGGACCUGGACGACAUUCUCUACGUGAAGCUCAACAUGCGGACGCCGAGUUCCAAGCGGAGCCUGACGCCGGGCCUCCCCGCCAAGAUCCGGGCCUGGAAUUCGCUGGACGCGCGUCUGUACGACCACUUCAACGCCUCGCUGUGGCGCCGGCUGUCGGCCCUGGGCCCGGCGUGCGUGGCCAGGGAGGUGCGGCUGCUGCAGCGGGCCCAGGAGAGGCUGAUGAGGAGCUGCUUCGGCGGCAGGAUGCCGCUGCUCCGGUCGGCGGCUCAGAUCAAGAACAAGGACCUCCGCCCCUGGCAGCCGAGCGGGAAGGUGGACAUCGUGGGCUACGACCUCCCGACCAAUCUGAGCCGCGGCUUCUCGGCGCAGGCCCAAGAACUCUGCCUCAAGCUCAUCAUGCCGGAAGUCCAGUACACCCGGGUGCUCCUCCGGUCCCAGUCGCUGCGGUACCGCCGCAGCUACCAGCUCCGCCCCCCGCAGCAGCAGCCGCAGCCCGUACGCACGGCCCUGCCUCGCCAUCCUCCGGUCCAGCGCAGCCAGGCGCCGCCCCCCGCCGCCCCGGGCCCCGCCUCAGGAACAGGGUCCACCUCCACCUCAAAGCCGGCCGCCGGAACUCAAGGUCGGACCACAAAGUCGGAGCCUCAGUCCUCACAGACCUAAUCCGCACGGGCCGACCGUGACUUUAAGUAGAAUUCGUGCCCAGCAGACUGUCGUUCUUCCCGUCCCGGCCCCGGACUCCGUGGUUUUUUUUGGGAGGUUUUGGAAACGAAAAGGCGUCCUUGGGAAAAACUUUUUGAGUUGUUAUUGAAAUUCUGUCUGUCCUGUUCAUCCCAGAUGGUGUUUGUGACCAAAAUAAUAAUAAUAACAAUAAGGGGUUAGAAAUAUCUGGACUUGAACUUGAAUCUCUCUCGUCUCGCUCUGGACCGGCGUCAGGCUGAGACGACGGUUUGAGACAAACGGGCUCCGCUGCACGCCUCCGCACGCCCGACUGGAGCGGACCGGAGAGCGGCUUUAGGUGAAAAUGGCUCUUUGAAGCGAAUCUGUUUUGUGCGACUCAAUAGGGAAGUGGCGAUAUCGGGCCUAUUGUGAGGCACAGAGUGCGCUUUGUGUGUAUCACACUGGUAAAGUAUCGUAUUACUUGCUUUUAUUCUUUGUUUCUGGAGCUCCCUUUUCGCUCUCGCUCCCCAACAUAUGCCACUUAAAGUCCUUGAGAGAGCCAUAAUGACAUAAAGGGAUCGGCUGUCAGGCCUCCUAAGAGCCUCCUAAGAGGCCGGGCAGACACUGAGAUCACAUCCAGCCAAUAAUACAACAGCACAAAAAAAAAAGAAAAAAAAGACUCUUCUUCUCUUCCGAACUGAACUGUGGAACCUGAAGCGAUGGAGGGAGCUUCGAGCUUCGAACAGAACGCCCGCCACCGCUCGCACAGGGACUUGAAGCCCGGGCCUCCUCAGACUCUGACCCCCGUCGCCGUCUGUCCGUUUCCCCGGCCCGCAAUCCCACCCGCCCCCCCGAGGCCAGUCUGUCCAGUCGCAGAGAAGAGCCUCGCCAUUUCGGACGUCACACCUUCUAUGUUACAUGUCGAUCAGAAAGCUUUCUGGAUGUGGUUUUUUAAAGCUUAUUGCAAUAAGACCCCCAGGCCUGCAUCUUAUGUGAAAGGCGUGGAUUUAAUAACCUACCAGCAAACCCUGAAACACGUUCGAACGCUGGGACAAAGAAAGACACGGGGCGACUUGACGGGACCGAGACUUAAAGCCUGUGGGCCGCGCUGCUUGAAUAUUUAAUGGCAGCCCUCCUAUGGCCCGCGUUCUAGGGUUACUCGGCUGUACGUUUUCAUUAAGGACACGUUCAACCAGGUGGAAGCUUCUCGCUCUGAGCGCCGAAUCACAGGAGGAUGAAGGCGAGCGGCUGGUUCGACCGGCUUUUUAAAAUGCCACCACUUAUCUCCGCUGCGAUUCCUCUUUUCUCUUUCUUUUUCUUUUUUUUUUUUGACGCAUCCUGCUCAUAUUUAAUGUGUCAUUUAGUUUCUGUUAUUCCCUCAGUGAUCAGCGGGGGCGCUGCUAAGUGGCUGGAGGGCGGAGGAAAGGGUUGUCGGCCCGCGUUUGGGAGGCUGUGCGAGACGCCGGGCGCCAGCCAGCUCCUUCCGCUUCACGCCGUUAAUUUGCCAACUUGGCCUGGCAACAGACGAAAAUAAUAUGUGUGAGAUUUAUUAAAGCUAUAUAUUAUUUAUUAAUGGGGGGGACACGGAGAGUCCCUCCCGCUGUAUUUUUAACUGUUAUUUUACAUGAAUCACUGGGCGAAAACUGCGACUGGAAGACGCCGGUACGGCGCCGCAGGCUGCACGGGGGGAAGCGGGCGUGCGGCUGCGGCUGAAAUAUUUAUUCUGUACUUGUUUUACAUAAUGCAAAACUACAAAGACCACUUCUGAGGGGCGCUCGCCGAAGCAAGCGCAGCCGCGUUAGAAUUAAUCGUUCAUCCUGCGCUACUUAAGUGCUCAACCACACACACACACACACACACACACACACACUCACACUCACACUCACACUCAUACACACACUUCUGUGGUUUGUUGCGGGUGACAACAGCGGCAGAAAAACACACAAACACACUGCUGUUUUGACAGGAUUAGAGAAAAGAGGAGCAGCUUUGGAGGAACAGACUCCAGUCGAGCAAAUUUUUUUCUUUUUUUUUUCUUCUAAAGUGGUUGAAUGUGUGAGUCUCGUCUGAGCAUACGAACCUUGGCUGGGAAAAACUUGAGACACGUUUUUAUUUAUUUACAGACAUUUUAAAUACAUGGAAGCGUAUUGCAUUUACAUGUUUUAAAAAGAAAAGCUGAAUAAUAGUUGAUCAUAUUUGUUGUAAAUAAGGGAUUUCUCUGAAUAUUGUGCCAGUAUUUUCAGCGUUUUCCUGUCUGAAGGCAUUUCAGACGCGUCGGUUUAUAUCAUAUUUCUCUUUCUAAAAGUGUUUUCUAAACCUAAAGACGAGUUUCCAUUAAAAUGAGAUCAGUCCCAAACCGGGGAUUCUCCUGGCGAUUUGGAAUUUGUAUUAAUUCAUAAUAACUGCUUUUUGUUAAAUGUAAAUGCAGUACGCUUUCUUAAGAACACGUCCUGUAAUAUCGCUGUUAAAAGUACUUACACUGUAUAAACUGGUUCAAGUGGAUGGCGCUGGAUCACAUUUUGGUUUCUUUUCCUCUCUCUGUGGCCAAAUCUCACGAAAAGACCAAAACAAACAAAGUCUGCAGGCAUCGUGCCGUCAUCCCGACUGUGAAGCCCGAGCCCAUUGAUUCCUGCUGAAGGCAGAAAAUCCCCAAAAGCUCCGCUCGACGAUCGAGUCCCCGGCGUGACUCAGCGGGUUUCCAGCAGCUGUUGAGAGGCGGCGACGUGCGGCGUCAGCCACGCCGCUGAUGAUCGACCGCAGGAUCGGCUCACUGCUGCUUUUGGUCUUUUCAUGGAGAUUCAUUGAAGAACAGAAAAAUCACUACGGAGUUAGAAAAUCUGUGAUUUGAUUUGCAAUUUCUGUCAUUGCAGUGCUUUUUUGGCAAUCUCUUAAAAAGCCUGUUUCUUAUUCUUUUAAGUCUUUAUGAGACAAAAUAUAAAGUCAGUGGAAACAGAUAGAUGCUGUGCACUGUAGACUGUAACUCCACCAUCGGAGGCAGCGCAUAGCCUUCGCACAGAGUAUGGAUUCUGCUUUAUGGAAUUUAAUCAGAUGCUCGUAUCAAUACAGAGCUUAAGGUUAGUUCUCUUACUCGUCCUUUGAAAAGGUGGCAUGUGCAUCCUUACUCCUAAGGACAAUUUGCAACCCAGACAGGCUCAACAUAAACAUGAAUCUUUAUUGAAUAUAAGCAAGUUUUUUAAUGCCCCUUCUGGAGAAAAAAAUCUAUUCAUGAAAGUAUUUCUAUUGGUCGUAUUUGAAUGGCUAAAUUCAAAAUUCACAUGCAUUUACAGGAUAAGCAGCCAAGAGUGAAUCCUACAUCUCUGAGAAAAACAGAGUUUUUAACUAUUGCCAAAAAACAUCGAUAAAGAAGUAAAUAAUCCAAGCGUUUUCUGAUUUUUUUUUUUUUUUUGUUUCUGUCGGUGAGUUUGCUGUGUGUGAAAGAAUUUAGCAAUCCUGAAUAAGUCCAACCACUUGUGUGUCUACUUUAAAAAAAAAAAGUGCUGUAACACAAAGAAACUGAAUGUAUGCUUUUGUUUAGGCAGCUGCAGAGACCCGAUGUGUUCACUACUGAGUGCAGAAAUGAUGCAGUGAGCCGUCGUCGUGUGCAUCAGACUUUAUUUCCUCUUUAUUUAAUUCAUGGGCUUAAACCACACGGUGACAUUUUUAUUUCGCGGCACCCAUUUAUCACCCAGUGUCAGCUUAAUGAGACAGAAAGGGCAACGGCUGUUAUGUAACGGGGUUGUUGUGUCUGAAUGAUUAAGAUAAACUCAACUUUAAGGGAUAUACUGGAGACCAAAAAAAAAAGAAAAAAAACAACUGCCAACAAUAUUCCACGAUUUUUAAGAAAAUGGUCAUUUUUAGAACAUCAUGCAGUGUUGAUCUCUGUAAUUUUGUACUUUUUGAGUCUUUGUGUGUUUUCCCUAAAAAGAGUUGAGGUGCUUUCAGCACCUGACACAUUAAUCCAGUGAUGCUCCGUGUUUCGCAUGCAGGAUUUCUCCCUGCUUAAACACUGCUGAAUGCAAUGAGUGGCUCAUUAUCAGGCUUUCUGCAGAGCUCUUGGAUAAUACAGCGAGGAUCAGCUGUGCUGAAGCUGGGAAUAAUCUCCAGGACUGAGAUUGGACACCUUUGCAUUCACCCGAUGCGUUUCUCUGUCGGAUCCAACUGAGGCUUUUUAUAUGACAGCGUUUUUAACUGAAAAUGUGAAACUUUUGUUGCAUUUUGUCUGUUUAUGUGAAGUAACAGUGUUUCUGCCAUGUCCAUGAAGACAGAGCCCGAAUUUUUCUAGAAAGUUAAAUUUUUGCUUGUUUAAGUUACAGAGUUUCCGAAAAGUUCCACCUUAGGAACCCUUUUGAAGCUGUGUUUGCAGUGGCUCCGAGUGUCCUUGUCAUGUUAUGUACAUCCAAAACGCAACUAAAGUUCAGCAUUUUCAGUUGAAAACGUUGUCGUGUAGCCGGGCCGUUAUAAUCUGGGAUCUCAGACUGUGUAGGUCACAACAGCCCUUCUCUAACAUUCACCACAGCAUCAUCUGCAUAAGUGGAAAGACGCCUUGAAGGUGCUUGAAUGUUUACAUUGUGCUGUUCUCUGUGAUCAAUUGUUCAUGGCUGCAUUGCAGAAAACAGCGCCAGCUAGUGGCCUGACAUUUCCGACAUUUCCGUCCGUACAGCAAACAUUUUCAAAACCAAGGCGUACGACCUUGAAUGUGCCGUUUCCAGUCGAUUGCUGUCUUGUCAACACUGUUAAAGUUAAGAAAGUGAUACAAAGCAGGUAUGUUUAACCUUCUGGUCUGAAUCUGUUGGCAGAAGAAGUUUGAUUCCUGCAUCCAUUCACCCUCUUUAACUGCUGCUCUGCUUCUUACAGCAACAAUCAUGCCGUCAAAUCUAUCGUCAACUGUUCUUAAAAAAAAAAUGUCACAAGGAUUCGAAACGUCUGGAUAAAGUAUGCCAAAGUCUCGUCUUCACAUCAGCUGCCCUCUUUAUUCCGUUGUUGAGCUUGUUAGUUUUGUUUUUCUGCACAGACUGAAACAACUGCUGGUGCUGGAGCAGGUUUUCUUGGGUCUCUGCUGAGGGGAAAUAAAAAGGAAACCGUUGAUUUCCGCUGGGUAAAAGGCAUACUUGAUGACUGUCUGGCCGCGCUGUCCUCCAUGGACCGUUUGAUCUGCUCAUGUUUUAUUUCCAGUUUUUCUCUUCAUGAAUUGAUCUGUGAAAUCAGAAGAAAGAGACUAUUUUUUUUUUCUUCCUUGGUUGAAUAUUUAUGAUUGGACGGAUGAGUUUGUUUGAGUGACGGAGCUCUGAACAAAUGGCUGGUGACAAUCCGAGCUAGGGGCCCCAAAGCUUUGUAAUGACCGUCUAAUAUAAUGAAAGUGAUGAAUAAAGUUUGAAUGAUUUCAAUUCAUCUACA